AUGGCCUUUCUCACGAAAGAAGAUGAGGACUUCAUCAAGAGAUACCCUCUCAAGAUUGAUCACGAUGUCUUCAGUGCUGCAUUCGAAGACAGCAGUACAGCAGCACGUCAUGCGUUGCCGGAGCACACGGCCCUGCUAAGCCGCCGAGAUGCCAUAUCGAACCUCCUGGCGACCCUCUUAACACAUCCAGUGGCACGACGUCUCAAAUGUCUACAGCAGCCUGUGAAUGCCAAACUCGCGACGAUCUAUGCACAAACGCAGUCUGAGACCUCCGACCUCUCUCCUUUUACCCCUCUCACGAAACUCGCAGCCACCAAAGCCAGCGACCUCGAGAUCUGGCGUGUGGUUUUGCAACUCAUUGCCGACCUCUCUCGAGUCACACCUCCAAGAAGUAGCAUUCCUCCAUCGUUCUCAGGGACACCCCUCCGACGAUCAUCAGCCUCCUUUCGAGACUCGAAUCAGAAACGAAAAGAACUGCGCAGAGACAUCGAGAUCGAACUGAGUGGGCCGACCUACAUCGACGUGCCAGAAUUCAUCACCAAAUACUUCGAGAACAAGACAUGGUCAGAGCAGGUGGAAAAGAUCCUAGAAAAGCUUCCUCGAGACGACCCACUGCAAGGGUUUCCCGAUACAUUGAAACCGGAUGAGGUCGACUUCUGGGCGUGGUUGGAUGCGUUCCAAGAACAAUACCUGGGAGACGCACCUAACAGAUUCUACCGAGCAAUGAGCAAGAGUGAGAUCGCUGGUGCCACAGGCGAACGCCAGCUCGACGUACAUCAUCUUGCGGACUGUUCGAUGGUGGGUGAACUCACCACGUCCGAUACAAAUGUGUGGAAAUCCAAGUUUGCUCAGUUGGCCACCUACAUGCGGGACGUGUUUUCUGCCCAACCAACACGACGUUUCGUCCACGGGUUUCUGGUCUUCGGCGUGCAAAUGCAACUCUGGGUGUUCGACCGAUCUGGGGCGUAUGGCUCCCCCAAGUUUAAUAUUCGCCAGGAGCCACAGCAAUUCGUUCGGGUGCUGGCAGGGUACGCCUUGAUGACCGCAGAAGAGCUGGGUCUCGACACAUUCGUGCGACGUGAUCGUCUGUACCCUUCGGUCACGUUGUCAGAUCCUGUGACAGGCAAGGAUUGCGAGUUCCAGUUGGAAGAUGACCCGUUCUUCAAACAACCGGCCAUCGCGUGUCGAGGGACAACGUGUUUCCGCACUACGGACGGCAAACAUGUCGUCAAGUUCUCGUGGAGAGCCGACAAGCAGCAAUCGGAGGUCGAUCACCUGAGAAAGGCUCAAGGCAUUAGAGGCGUCCCUACGUUGGCAGGAGCGACUACAAUCACGACAAUCAAUGAAUUACGCAGCGGUCUCAAGAUCAGAAAGCUUCGCGAUCUGGGACAUACAGUGUACGAGAAAUCUGUGGGUGCAUCACAAUUGUCCUUUACCAGUCAAUCUGCCCAACAGUUGGAGAGUCUCAGCGUCAGUGGCACCAAACGCAAGACCAGCCAACAGGGCGGAAGUCCUCCCAAAAGAUCACGCUCCAACAGUCUGCGAUCCAACUUAGGUCGAGAAGUCCAGCCUAACCAACUUGAACAGCCACGGGUGUCGACCAUGCCACCACCUCAUUCACCACAGCACAAUCGAGUGUUGACCUGUCUUGCUAUUGCUCCAGCUGGGCGUCCGCUGCAAGACUUUGCUAACGUACGCGAAGUGUUGAAAGCCUUUCGAGACGCGAUAAAUGCACAUAGGGAACUGUACAAACGGAAGAUCCUGCACCGAGAUGUGUCGUAUGGCAACAUCAUCUUGACCGAUCCUGACCAGAACGAUGGCUGCUCGGGCAUGCUAAUCGAUUAUGAUCUCGCGGUACAGAUUGGCGCAGAUGGCAGGAACGAGACAAGCGGGGAGAAAAACAUGACCGGCACACUGGAAUAUAUGGCCAUCGAGAUUUUGGAAGGCGCUGUACGCAAGGAGACGGCUGGCAUCGACCACACCUAUCGCCACGACCUCGAGUCGUUCUUCUACGUCUUUCUCGCCCUUUGUAUCCGGUAUGGGUGGAAAGAAGGGACCAAACCCGAGCGAGAUGUGUUGCGAAACUGGUACGAUGCCAGCUACGGCCUGAUCGCUCGAACAAAGCGCGGAGACAUGGACGUUGAUGGUUUUGAGGUUUCCUUGCUUAGCAAUUUCUCGCCCACCUUCGAUGGUGCUAAAGAAUUGGCCAGGACGUUGCGCAAUACCUUAUUUGGAAAAGGCGCGUUAUACACCAAAGCACCGACUGACCCCGAGACCCUCUACAAGCCCAUCAUUGCAGCUUUUGAGAACGCAAUUCAAGCUCUCGACGGGUGA